GUGUUUGAGCAGUCUGUGGCAGUGGAGACCCUCUUGGAGAUUGCCCGAAGCGUCAUGGAUGAAGCGCAGGACAAGAACUCCUGGAGGUUGAAGGCUGAAGAAGACAAGGACUUCAUCCGCCGUUUUCCAGCAGUGGUGUCGGAAUACGAAGCCUGGUUACAAUCCCGACGAAGCGAAGUCGUGCAGGCCGGAAAGCCAGGUCGGGGAUCAACGCAGGCCUCCUCUGCCUCCCGCUUCAGAGGGAAGCUGGUGCCCGAGGUGCGGGAAUGUUUGCUCAGUGGACCCAAGACCACAGAAGAGAUGAAAAAGUUGGUCCAACGAAAGCAUCCCACUUUGGAGAUUCAGGAGGAAGACUUGCUGGGCAGUCUCAAUGCCAAAGAAUUGGAUGCGAUCCAGGUACGAGGCGUCUGGGUGCUGGCGGGCACGGGCACUGAAUCGCAUGACAAGUUCCGCAAGACCUUGUUGACCCUGUUCAAGCAUCGCGACUCCGUGACGCGACAAGACGUCAUGGAAGAGUACGAGCGCGUUCAUGGAGAGAAGUGCAAGUUGAGCGACUACAUCAUCCGUCAGCAGCUGCGAGAGGUGGCCGAGAAGAUCGAAGAUGGCGGACAGACCAUCUACGUGGUCAAGGGAGCCAUGCAGACGCGCUGAAAAUUGGCGAAAAUUCUGCGCGAUGGGCGAUGAUCUGCC